AAAAUCUCCCGUGUAACUUUAAAUAUUAUUAUUAUUAUUACAAGAUAGUUUGGAGCAAAAUGGAUCUUACAGCCAAACAUGGAGUGGUCCUGCUGGAGCAGUUGAGGAGGAUGAGGGAGUCUGAGCAUCUGACGGAUGUGGUGCUGGUCGCUGAGGGCAUCAGCUUCCCCUGUCACAGAGUGGUGCUGUCCGCCUUCAGCCCUUACUUCCGUGUUAUGUUCACGUGCGGCCUUCGUGAGUGCAACAACAGAGAAAUAUUCCUUCGUGACACCCCCGCAGACAGCCUGGCUCUUCUCUUGAACUACAUGUACUGCUCCGACCUUCCUCUUACUAACUCCAAUGUUCAAGGCAUCUCCAUUGCAGCUUUUCUCCUGCAGAUGGACGACGUCUUCACACGCUGCCAGCAGCACAUGACCGAGAACAUGGAUGCCUCCAACUGCCUUGGUGUCUUUUAUUUUGCCCGGGACCUCGGUGCAGAGGAACUGGCCGACCAGGCUCAGCGCUUCCUGAGGCAGAACUUUGUCCAAGUCUGCCAGAAUGAGGAGGUCCUGGAGCUGGAGGCUCAUCAGCUGGGGAAGCUCCUGAGUUCUGAUGACCUCAAUGUUUCUGGAGAAGAGACCAUCCUGGAUGUGGUCCUUCACUGGGUCAAACACAGCACACUGACAGAUAGGGAGGUUCGUAGUUGGCACCUUCCAGAGCUUCUGAGGAAGGUUCGCUUACCCCUGAUAAGCCCCGACUAUCUAAGGGAGGCGUUGAAGAGAAACACAGCCCUGCUGGCUGAUGCUGAAUGUCUACAGAUUGUGAACGAGGCCUUAGAGGCCACAGCGAUGCAUCCCUCGGCUGCACCGCGUAAACUGAAGCUGCGGUACGGCAUGGAGACUACAGACCUGCUGCUCUGUGUCGGUAAUGACGGUGGUGGGAUUCGGUCGAGAUAUGGCAACUAUGCCGAGCGCAGCUUUUGCUAUGCCCCAUCCACGGGCCGAACCUACUACAUCACCUCACCUCGCUAUGGAGAGGCUCUGGGGUACGUGUGCGCCGGGGUUGUAACUAAAGGAAAUGACAUUAUCGUGGCGGGGGAGGUAGGUGUUCGCAGGAUGGCCCGGCAGAAGGUCAUGAAUGUUGAAAUCUACAGGUACAAAGUCGAAGCCCAAGGAAGCUGGGAGCACCUGACAUCUGCAGAGUACCGGGAUUCUUAUGCCCUGGGGUCACUGGAGGACACGCUGUACCUGGUGGGUGGGCAGAUGAGGCUGAAGAACCAGUUCCUCAUCACCAACUGUGUGGAGCGAUGGUCUCUGCAGGGCGGACCCUGGCGCAGCGCAGCGCCACUGCCUCUGCCUCUGGCCUUUCACAGCCUGGUCAGGAUGAAAGAUCGCCUCUAUGUGAUAGGUGGUCGGAGCCCACAGUCAUACCGGACAGAUGAUGAGCCGGACCGUCUUAGUAACUGCCUUCUGGAGUAUGACCCAAACACAAACAAGUGGACAGAACUGGCUCCCAUGAGAUACUCUAAGUACCGCUGCAGUGCUGUGGAACUCAAUGGUGACAUUUUUGUGAUGGGAGGCAUCGGCUGCGAAGGUGUGGACCGUGGCCAAUCACGCCACUGCCUUGAUGCUGUGGAGAUCUACAACGCAGAUGGAGAUUAUUGGAGAGAUGGACCCCCUCUCCCAUGUGCACAGCUCUCCCUGCGCACCAAUGCCUGUAAUGCAGGAGUGGUGGGAGGCAAGAUUUAUGUGUGUGGAUAUUACAAAGGAGCAGAUCGCCAUGAUGAUAUAACAAAGGAAAUUUUGGAGCUGGACCCAUGUGAAAAACGGUGGAGUGUGGUGGCUCGGCAAGUGCUGAUGCACGACAACUAUGACGUCUGCCUGGUGGCAAAUCUCAACCCAAGGGGACUCAUGGCCCCUUCUGCAGACUUAGUGAAACUGUGACAUCCCUGUCACAUCCGAUCAAAGUCUGUUUGUUAGAAUUAGUGAAGGAUAUUAAUUAUUAAUCAUUAAUGCACUUAUCGCUGGGCCAAAGGCAGAGAAGUAGAAAAAGUCUGCAUGAAAGAGGAAGUUGAUGAUUUGCACGUUUGCUGAAUGAGAAUAGAAAUUAAGUUUUAUAAAUACUGUUUCCAUUGUUUUUUAUAUUGAGGCCCUUUUCCCAGCAGACGUUUAGACUCAGGAGUAACUGUUUACCUGGGACAUAUAAACUGAGCAGAGCCAUUAUUAAUGCUAUCAGACACGUCUGUUGUGAAAAAGGUCUGUUGUGUUGGGUCUGUAGAGAAGAUUGAUAACCUAUAACCUUCAGCCGUGUAAUUCAUAGCUGAAACAUAAUUAGCAACACCAGUAGGUGGUUUCCUUCACUAUUAAACAGGCUCGCAUUAUGAUUAGACUUAUGAACUUGUUUCCAAACAAAUUAAACUAAAACACUGUCCACAGUUUUAAAGAGUGAAUAGCAGAGCUUUAAUAACUUAAUUGAUUUUGACAGACUAAGUACAUGUAUACAAAUAUAUUUUAUAUAGUUUUCCCCGAUAUCAAUAUAUAU